UCCCCACUAUCCCCUUCUUUUGUGUUUGCCAAGGAAGAUGUCUCGGCCGGAGCUUCAAAACCCGCCGGAGAUAUUCUACAAUGACGACGAAGCACGCAAGUACACUCGCAACUCCCGCAUCAUGGAGAUUCAGUCCGAGCUCUCCGAGCGGGCCCUCGAGCUUCUCGCUCUGCCGGAAGAUGACGCCCCCAGGUUGCUUCUCGACAUCGGUUGUGGCUCUGGGCUUAGCGGAGAGACCUUGUCCGAAAGUGGGCAUCAGUGGAUUGGUUUGGAUAUUUCCCAAUCAAUGCUUGAUGUUGCACUGGAAAAUGAGGUUAAGGGUGACCUGUUGCUUGCGGAUAUGGGCCAGGGGUUAGGACUUCGUUCCGGAGUUAUUGAUGGAGCCAUAAGUAUCUCAGCUGUUCAGUGGUUGUGCAAUGCUGACAAAUCCUCACAUAAUCCACGAUUAAGAUUGAAGGCUUUCUUUGGGUCAUUGUACAGAUGCUUAGCUAGGGGAGCAAAAGCUGCAUUUCAAAUGUAUCCAGAAAAUCUAGACCAGCGGGAAUUGAUUGUGAGUUCUGCAAUGCGUGCUGGAUUUUCUGGUGGUAUUGUCGUUGAUUAUCCCAACAGUUCCAAGAAAAGAAAAGAAUACCUAGUCCUCACGUGUGGUCCACCAUCUGUCAAUACAUCGGUUCCUGAGGGUAAAAGUGAAGAUGGAGAUAGUUCCUUUGAUGACGAUAGUAGUGGAGAUGAAGAAAAUCAGACAGUUUCCAUUUCAGACAGGCACAGGCCCAGGAAAAAGCAGAGAAUAACAAAGAAAGGUAAGGGGAGAGAUUGGAUACUGAAGAAGAAGGAACAGAUGAGAAGAAAAGGAAAUGUUGUUCCUCCAGACACAAAGUACACUGCUCGGAAACGAAAGGCUCGCUUUUGAUGUUGCACCAGGCCUAAAUGUAUCAGUUGGAAGUUUACAGGUUUUGUGGCCUUGUCACUAGUGGUUUCUAAUACACAGUUUAAAGUUUAUAUAAGCACCCUGUUGAGGGAUCUUCUGUAAGCAAUCCUGUUGUAAUUUGGUUGUUUCAUUGGUAACCUUAAUUAGUUGGAGAAAACAUUAGAAAAGUGCCUUGUUCUGUUCCGAGGUAUUAAUGAGAUCCUGGGAUGCUUACUAAUCAGCAUCUCAAAAUCUGUGCA